GCCUGGACGGCCGCUGUGAUCCCUUCAGGAAUAUGUGUGGCGGAAUUUGGGUGUGCUUAGAGCUUUCCAGGAGAAAAACUAUUCUGUUUUCUGGGUAGCUGCGCACUGUUCUGUACUGGCACCGUAAAUGAAACGUUCAUGGUGGUUUGAGGGACAAAAUUAGGUUUUUUUCUCCCCCAGAACGAUUUGACCCUGCUUUGCAGCACCUGGUGUUUGCUGUUUGUUAAUUCCACAGGCACUCCUGUAAACCACAGGCUCUGAAACGUCUGCUGCAGGCAUUUCAGCGUGCUGCUGGGUCAAGGCACGCUGUGAAUAGAGCUGUGCCUGCUAAUUACACCUUUAAUAACGAUUCUGUUAUUGCUGAGGUGGGGUGGAGGUUGAUCCAGAUGGUGUGGCCUUGUGGGAUUUAGGGUUUGUGGGUUCACCCUCACUCAGGUUUCCAGAUGGGGUGACUCAUACUGGCAAGUGACUUGCUCUGCUCUUGGUCCUGUCCUCUGGUGAGGAGUUGAUUUUUGGGGAGGUGGCAGCAGUGCUGGGGCAGGGACUGAUGGCAAAUGGGUCCCGGUAGGAUGAGUGGUGCUGGGCCCAUGGCUGGUGGUGGCCUGUGGGUCCCUGUGGGGCUCAGUGCCACUCGGCCUUGGGCUUUUUCCUUUGGGAUUUAGCCACCAAGGGGCCAACUGGUGUCCUCUGCUUGGUGGAGAGAAAGGCAGCCAAGAUCGUGGCAGGGGGUGAGGAGGAGCUCAGUGUCUUUCAGGGAAUUCAUUGCGUUUUGGGCACAGGCUGCCCAGGUUCCUCUGCUCUCAGCACAGUGUCUCAGGGUGGGCUGGGGGCCCUGCAGGAGGAUCCUGCCUGCUCCUGCACCCCAGGGCUCAGAGAUGGCCUGGCUUGGGAAAUCCUUGGGGAUGGGGAGGUGUUUAUGGCAAGGGAGCAAAGCCAUCAGGGAGCCCCCUCAUUUCAUAUGGUUUUGUGUUCUGUGCUGCUGUGCUCUGGUCUGUUGUUUUGCUGAAGGUGGUGGGUGAAUAGGCAUGGAAACAUCUGUGGAAGCCACAGCCAGGUGGUGGCAUGGAGGAACAUUGUGUCCAACGGGAGCUCUUCAAAGACCUGUGGGACACAGUGGUGGGGUGGCCAUGGGGUCCCCAAAAGCCUGACAGGUGCUGGUGGGGGUUGGGGGAUCUCCUGACCUUCAGCCCUCUGUCCCAGGAGACUCCAAGGGAAGGAGGAGAGCAGUGUGCUGAGCAGGGAGGUGGAGUCAGUCCUGGGGCACAGCUGGCUCGUGGUGCCAUUGAUGAAGGGGAGUCUUGACUAGCCCUGGAUGGGGUGUUGAGGUUAAAUGGGGUCAGAGGACAUGGGACUUUUCCCUGAGGGGAAUACUUCCCUUCAGGCUUGGAGGUGUAGGGAUUGCUCCAGUCAGCGUGGAAGCAGAUGGGGGACACUGGGGAUGUGUUUUGAGGGCAGGGGCAGCAGUCCUGAAAUUGGGGAGAUGGGCACUGGGCACAGCCUGCCCUCUCCAUGAACACAUUGAGUUAGGGGAGCAUGGCCAUCUGCUUGGAGCAACCUGGACUGCUGGAAGGGACUUGGAACAAGAUGAUCUUUAAGGUUCCUUCCAACCCAAACUCUUCUGGGGUUCUAUGAUUCUCCCUGCUGGGGUAGAGCUGAGGACCUACCUGGGUGUGUCCUGGCCCAGCCCCUGCAGUUUGGGACCCCACAGGUGGAGCUGUGGUCCUGUGCACAGUGGGGUGUGAUGGGCACCACUCUGCUUCAGGGUUAACAGUGAGGGAGAUGCUGACCCAGCUUUGUGCUCUGGUCCACCCUGGGAUCACUCUGGAGAUGCUCCCAUGUGAGUGCCAGGGCCAGCUUCUGUGGGGAUCCUUGCUGUUAUCCAGGGUGAGGACUCAGAUGGGAGAGGGAGGGACACAUUCAGUACUGGGGCUGGACCUCCAGGGCUCCUUCUGCUGGUGUCCCAUGGGGUGGGGACAGUGUCCACAUCAGAGGGCCAGGCAUUGUCCCCUAGGCAGGGAAGAGGUGGGGAAAUGUCCUGUGCCAGGAGCAGCCUGUCAGGGAGCUGAUGGGCAUGUGAGCCUUGGAGACUCCCUCAGAUUCUUGGGGGAUGGAACCAGGACUCACCUGGAGCUCAUCUCUCACAGCUGGUUCUUCCUCAAUGCCCUGUGAGAGAUGAGCUCCAGGUGAGUCCUGGUUCCAUCUCCCAAGGAGGAGGGGUUUGGAGGGGUUGAGGAUGAUGAGGAGAUGAAGGCAGUGUCAGUUGUUGGCCACCAGCAGCCCCAGGGGAACGAGACGUGGGGAAGGAGAAAUACAGGGGGGAUUUUGGGGUGAACAAAUGACUUGUUAGGUAAAUUUAACUCGUGAAAUAAGUGUGAGUGGCAAAGAUGGACCUGUCAGGAAAGCAGGGAGGAGAACAGAGCAGGGUGCUGCUGAGGGCUGUGCACUCUGACACCCAUCAGUGACGGCAUGUGGCGGAUGUGGGAGGGAGGCCCCUGCCGGGGCUUGGCUUCCCCUCCCUGCAGUCCCAGCCCAUUUACCCUGCUGUGCUUUCACAUUCCCCAGCAGAGCCUGCAGCUGCUGGGGGCACCGGGGUGUUCAGGGAGCUGCUGCACUCUGUCCCUGGGGAGGCAGGUAAUCCCAGCAGAUCUUUCUUUGCCAAACCCAGGGGCUGAUGCAUCCCCUUCCCUGCUCCAGUGCUGGACUCCUGCACUCCAGGAUCCUUUCCCCACUGAUGGGAAUGAGGGUUUCUCCUCCCCAUUCUCUCCUGGCCUCGCUUGCUGCAGGUGUGUAUCUCCAGUGGAGAGAGCCAGUAACAGGAGGGGUGUCCUGCUGGCAGUUAGUGGCUGAGCAGUGUGCUGCCCACUAUGGCUGGUUGGUUUAGGAGGCUCCUGCACAAACCCAAGUCCAGCUCAGUGGAAAGCCUCAAGUCCAGCCACUGUGCUUCAUCCUCGCCUUCCUCCUCCUCCUCAUCCUCUGCCAAGAGCUCCAGCUCCUCUCCCGGCACGAGCCUGGCCACCAGCUCCAUCUCCCUGUCACCCGUGUCAGCAGUGGACAUCAGCGCCUCGCACAGCCCCCGCUGGGACAAGAGCUACGACGUGUGCAUCUGCCACAGCGAGGGGGACGUGGAGCUGGUGUCAGAGCUGGUGUCCUACCUGGAGGGGCAGCCCGAGAGCUUCCGCUGCUUCCUGCAGCUGCGCGACGCCGCGCCGGGCAGCGCCGUGGUGACGGAGCUCUGCGACGCCGUGCAGAACAGCCACUGCUGGGUCAUGCUCAUCACCCCCGGCUUCCUGCAGGACCCCUGGUGCAGGUACCAGAUGCACCAGGCCUUGGCUGAGGCUCCCAUGGCCAACGGACGCACCAUCCCGGUGCUGAAGGACGUGGAUCGCAAGGACUAUCCCAGGGAGCUGAGGAACAUCUACUACAUCUACAUGGCCCUGAAGGAGAAGAGCUUCAGGCAGAUCAGAGACACUGUCAUGCGCUACCUCCAGGAACUGUGCCGGAGCUCCACAAAAAGCAUGGAGUAGUGCUGGGAGCAGGCAGAUGCAUUCCCAUGGGCAUCGUGGAGCUGUCACCGUUGGAUCUGGGUGUUGGCACAUCCCGUUGGACCUUGAGGUCAAACCUGAGCUGCUCAGACCGGACCUGGGACCAAAGAUAGGGAGUUCUCCGCAUCCAUGAGGGACAGCAGACUGGAGCCCACCACGUCCUGGUGGCCAAAAUCUCCUCGGUGGGGAGAGGGACAUCCAUCACACAAACACUAAGCUCUGGUGUUGGUGGUUCUCAGGGUCAUGAGAGCUCUUUACUGCACUGGCAUUCUCUGUCCUGAGGCCUCCGGGACGCCUACUAAGCUGACAAGACAUGUGGGCAGGACAAGAUAUGAGGCAGGCAGUGACGCUGCACGGAAUCGUUGCGACUACGAAAAUGCAGAAGUUUUACAAUUUAA